CGCGGCAUAUUCAACACAACAGCGUUUUGUAAACACACCGUGUAGUAGUUCUAGUGUAGUUUUUACUUCAUGAGUAAUGCAUGUUAUGUUGUACAACGACACCUUUUUUGCAGAAUUUAUGGAACCGCGUUUGUAAUCUUUUGAAAUGACACAAUGAAGUAGACUGCCAAGGGCGAUGUAGACUUAGUUUACUCAGAUAUUUGGUUAGCUAAUGUGUGUUCACGCUAAGGUAGCUAUCAGCGAAGAUAUGACUGUUCUUGUAAUGUUAUAGGAGAGGGAGAUCAUGGUGCAAUUCCUUAUAGGAUUCGUGUAAAUUGCGUACAUCAACAUAAAGAAAAUGAGGAGAAGCUUAGCGCCAAGUCAGGUUGCCAAAAGGAGAUGCGGAGAUGAUUCUUCCGACGAGGACUGGGACCCCCAAGAAGAGACACGAAAGCGAAGAAAAGGAGAUGGCGACAGUCGGGAGAACCUCAUCUCCCCUUUCAGGAAACCUCUCACGCAGAUAACCAAUCGGCCGAUGUGCAUGGACAGCGGUCAACACGAGGCCUUCAUUCGCAGCAUCCUUUCAAAGCCGUUUAAAAUCCCCAUAGCCAACUACACUGGCUCAUUGGGAAUCCGAGCUUUGGGCCUGAAGCGUGCCGGAGUCCGAAGAGCUCUCCAUGACCCUUUUGAGGUGGAUGCCCUGGUUCUGUAUGAACCACCUACACUGAGUGCUCAUGACACGCUCAAAGCUGACAAAGAUAAGGCUCCUGUUCAUGUUGUUGUGGAUCCUGUACUUGGCAAAGUGCUAAGGCCUCAUCAGCGAGAGGGUGUGAGAUUCCUGUGGGACUGUGUGACAGGCAGACGUAUCCCGGAGUCGUUCGGCUGCAUCAUGGCAGACGAGAUGGGCCUGGGCAAGACCCUGCAGUGCAUCACGCUCAUGUGGACGCUCCUGCGCCAGAGCCCCGACUGCAAGCCCGAGAUAGACAAGGCCAUCGUGGUCUCUCCCUCCAGCCUGGUGCGAAACUGGUACAACGAGGUGGGGAAGUGGCUUGGAGGACGUGUGCAACCGCUGGCCAUAGAUGGCGGCUCGAAAGGCGAGAUUGAUCGCAAACUGGAGGGCUUCAUGGCACAGCAUGGUUUGAGGGUGCCCUCUCCGAUCCUCAUCAUUUCAUAUGAGACAUUCCGUCUCCAUGCCGAAGUUCUCCACAAGGGAAAAGUUGGUCUUGUGAUUUGUGAUGAGGGCCACCGGUUGAAGAACUCUGACAAUCAGACGUACCAGGCUCUCAAUGCCAUGAACGCCCAGAGACGAGUGCUCAUUUCUGGGACACCCAUUCAGAAUGACCUGCUGGAGUACUUCAGCCUGGUGCAUUUUGUCAAUGCUGGAAUCCUUGGCACUGCUCAGGAGUUCAAGAAGCGUUUUGAGCUUCCAAUCCUAAAGGGUCGUGAUGCCGAUGCCAGUGAUAAAGACAGGGCAGCUGGAGAGGAGAAACUCAAAGAGCUCAUCAGCAUUGUCAACAGAUGUUUGAUCAGGAGGACAUCAGACAUACUUUCAAAGUACCUGCCAGUGAAGAUUGAACAGGUGGUCUGUUGCAGACUGACGCCUCUGCAGAGUGAGCUGUAUAAGCGUUUCCUGAAGCAGGCCAAGCCGGUGGAGAGCCUACAGGGAGGCAAGAUCAGUGUCUCCUCCCUCUCCUCCAUCACCUCCCUCAAGAAACUAUGCAACCAUCCAUCACUCAUCUAUGACAAGUGUCUGGAGGGAGAGGAGGGCUUUGAGGGGGCCCUGGACCUCUUCCCACCUGGCUACAGCACCAAGGCAGUGGAGCCCCAGCUCUCUGGGAAGAUGCUGGUACUGGAUUACAUCCUUGCAAUAACAAAAAGCACAUCAAGUGAUAAAGUGGUGCUGGUCUCCAACUACACCCAAACUCUAGAUCUGUUCGAGAAGCUGUGCAGACAACGAAGAUACCUGUAUGUGCGACUGGAUGGAACCAUGUCCAUCAAGAAACGAGCAAAGAUAGUGGAAAGAUUCAAUAGUCCCACGAAUCCAGAAUUCAUCUUCAUGCUGAGCAGCAAGGCAGGAGGAUGUGGCCUCAAUCUGAUCGGAGCCAAUCGGCUGGUCAUGUUCGACCCUGACUGGAAUCCAGCCAAUGAUGAGCAGGCCAUGGCCAGAGUGUGGAGAGAUGGUCAGAAGAAGACCUGCUUUAUCUACAGACUUCUUUCAACAGGAACUAUCGAGGAGAAGAUCCUUCAGAGGCAGACCCAUAAGAAGGCCCUGAGCAGCUGUGUGGUGGAUGAGGAGCAGGAUGUGGAGAGGCACUUCUCCCUGGGAGAACUACGAGAGCUCUUCAUACUCAACGAGAGCACCACUAGUGACACGCAUGAUCGGUUCCGCUGCAAGCGCUGUGUAAACGGACGGCAGGUUCGUCCCCCGCCUGAGGACUCGGAUUGCACCAGCGACCUGUCCAAUUGGCAGCACUGCGCGGACAAGAGGGGACUAAAGGACCCCGCGCUUGCAGCCUCCUGGGACGCUGCCGUCUCCUUCGUCUUCCACCAGCGCUCGCAUGAGGACCAGCGGGGAGUGCUGAAAGCUGAGAGCUGAAAUACAGACAUGCAGCACUGACCUACUGACCAGCAACAGCACACUUACGCAAGCGAUGCAGUGUGAUGGGCUUAUAACCAACAGCCUGUUGUUAACACCAACCCUGUGUGUUACUCUCAGAGAGGGUCAAGAUACCUCUCGUGAUUGCGUUGUGUGUACUGACAUAUAGACUCCUUGCAGCCUACUGACCAGCAAAGGAACACUUGAGAAAGGGGUGUGGUGUGAAAUUGGAUUCAUACCAGCAGCCGUCCAUUAUGUUAAACACCAACCCUGUGUGAUAUUCAAGGAGGGUCAAGAUAUCUCUUGUGACUGCAGUGUGUAGACUGCCUUGAUAUUUUUCAUCAGGUUGGUGGUCAAAGCCAUUUUGGGGGGAUGGACGUAAAUACGAGGUGUUCAAUUCUAAAAGUUGAACAGACGAGUUGUACAAAUAUGCUACUAUAACCUCUGAUCCUACUUUCUACUGUAUCGAAGUUAUUUUUCACUGUUUGUUUUGUUUGUACCCUUUCACUAGUUUUUGGUGUAUUUAUGCUGAAAAGCAACCCUUUUUUCCUGUAACAUAAAUGUACAAUACAUAUAUUAAAAUUUACUUUUGGCUAUA